AGCAUUUUGGAUUUCACUUGCUGAAUGCCUGACUGUUGGUCUGCUCAGCUUAUAAAAGGUGUGACCAGCAGAAUAUGCAGUAGAGCUGCAACAUCAUACUGAUCAAUAAACUCAUCAUCGUCCACUCAGCAUGGCCUCUUCCCCUGGGUUGAGUGCUGACCCACUGCCCAUGCUUCAGCUCCAGGUGGACUCCAGUAAAGCUUCAGAGAGGCCACCCUCGCCCGGACUUCUCCCCACCAUGUACAGUCCUCCAAUGGGCAUAGAGAGCCACACUGUCUGCAUCCCCUCUCCAUACACGGACAGUAGUCAUGACUACCAUGGACAUGGACCCUUGACUUUCUACAGUCCUUCGGUCCUGAGCUAUAACAGGGGGCCUAUGACUGACAGUCCAUCUUCCCUGUGCCCACCCUUGAGCCCCUCUUCGUUUUGGCCCUCCCACAACCACCACAACGUACCUUCUCUGACUCUGCACUGCACCCAACCUCUUGUCUACAAUGAACCCAACCCACAUGCUCCCUGGCUUGAGUCCAAAUCCCAUGGCAUGAACCCCCACAGCUCUGUCAUCAGCUGUAACAAGCAGCUGGGGAAGAAAUCCGAAGAAGGGGCAGGAGGAGAAAAGUCCUCGCCGUGUUCAUCGUCUGUAGGAAAAGCUGAAAUGCACCUCUGUGCUGUCUGUCAUGACUACGCCUCUGGGUACCACUACGGCGUGUGGUCAUGUGAAGGUUGCAAGGCUUUUUUCAAAAGGAGUAUCCAGGGACACAAUGACUACAUUUGCCCCGCCACAAAUCAAUGCACUAUUGACAAGAACCGACGUAAAAGCUGCCAAGCCUGCCGUUUACGUAAAUGCUAUGAAGUGGGCAUGAUGAAGUGUGGUGUGAGACGCGAACGCUGCAGCUAUCGAGGGGCCCGACAUCGGCGUGGAGGACUCCACCUUCGAGAUGCAACAGGCAGGAGCUUGGUAAGGGUCGGGAUGGCUCCCAGGGCUCAGCGCCUCCCCCCGAUGGAGCUGCCCCUCUCCCCUCUUGCUCAGCCGAACCACAGUAAUCAGCCGUCCAUGAACCCGGAGGAGUUCAUCUCCCGCAUCAUGGAAGCAGAACCCCCUGAGAUCUACCUCAUGGAAGACCUGAAGAAGCCUUUCACUGAAGCCAGUAUGAUGAUGUCCCUUACCAGCCUAGCAGACAAGGAGUUGGUACUCAUGAUCAGCUGGGCCAAGAAGAUUCCUGGCUUCGUAGAGUUAAGUCUAGCAGACCAAAUCCACCUGUUAAAGUGUUGCUGGCUGGAGAUCCUGAUGCUGGGCCUCAUGUGGAGGUCUGUGGAUCAUCCUGGGAAACUCAUCUUCUCUCCAGAUUUCAAACUCAGCAGGGAGGAGGGACAGUGCGUAGAGGGCAUCAUGGAGAUCUUCGACAUGCUCCUUGCGGCCACCUCUCGCUUUCGGGAGCUCAAGCUGCAGAGGGAGGAGUACGUCUGCCUCAAGGCCAUGAUCCUGCUCAACUCUAAUCUCUGUACGGGCUCGCCACAGACUGCGGAGGAGCUGGAGAGCAGGAACAAGCUGCUGCGCCUCCUGGACUCGGUCAUUGACGCUCUGGUUUGGGCUAUCUCCAAACUGGGCCUGUCCACGCAGCAGCAGACUCUACGCCUCGGCCACCUCACCAUGCUGCUCUCCCACAUCCGUCACGUCAGCAACAAGGGCAUGGACCAUUUGUCAACCAUGAAGAGGAAGAACGUGGUGCUUGUGUACAACCUCCUCCUGGAAAUGCUGGACGCCAACACUUCCAGCAGCAGCAGCAGCCAAACCACGCCGUCGUCGCCGAGCUCCGACACCUACUGUGACGGGCAGCAGUGCCAAGCACCUGCUCCGUUUUACCUGCAGGCCGAUCUAGACCAGACCUUCAGCACCAAUUCCAGCACUGAUAAUUCUAUAGCACCUCCAGAGGAACCGACUGAAGACCACAUCAUGGUUAGGCACCUACAGCCUGGAGGCCUCCUGUCCUCUCCGCUAUCUAUUAUAGGAUCUCAAAUGAAAAGUGAGGGCUACAUCGCUCCGGAGCAGUGGUCUUUGGACGGAAGGGAUGCCAGUUCUGCUGUGGAGCCACUAGGUUACAUGCUCUCUGAUCGAGUUGUCAUGGAAACCAGCUUGGAAGAAGAUUAAAUGGUGG